CAAAAAAGCCUUAUUUAUUAUCAUUUUCCCCACUGUUGGCAUGGCAACACAGGCUUACGUUACCGAAUUACAGGCAGCCCAACAACAAUCACAACAACAGCAACAGUCUCAGCAACAGCCAGCAACAACAGCAAAUACAACACCAGUGGUGGUGGCGGCAGCAACUCAACAACAGUAUGUGGCAGAAUUGCAAGGUGCCCAGCAGCAACAGCAGCAGUCAACUCCAAAACAGUAUGUUACAGAAAUCCCAACUUCUCAGACGCAGGCUCCACCCACUGGACAACAGACACCAACGCCUGUGCCACAGCAGUACAUUGUAGUGACUGUUUCUGAAGGCUCCAUGAGGCCCAGUGACACCGUUUCAGAGUCCAGUCCAGCGUCCACAGCUACCCAGUCAGGAGUGCCAACUCAGGUGGUCCAGCAAGUCCAGGGCACUCAGCAGAGGUUAUUGGUUCAAGCCAGUGUACAAACAAAACCUGGAACAGUAUCUCCUCUGCAGCUUACAAGUGUGCAAGUUCCCCCACAGCGGCUCGUGGUACAGAAUACAUCUCAAACUAGCAAAGGAGGAUCAAUAGCUUUGACUGUACAUGGUGUGCAACAAGUCCACUCUUCACCUGAGCGCUCCCCUGUCCAGAACAGUAACUCUGCCGCUAAACCAGGACAAGUACAGCAGCUCCAGGUCCACGGAGUCCAGCAAGUGCCUGUUGCACAAGAGAGAUCUGUUGUGCAGACAACUCCCACAACUCCCAAAGCAGGUACAGUGCAACAACUGGCAGUUCAAGGGCUCCAGCAGGUUCAUGUUACCCAAGAGGUCCAGCAGCUUCAGCAGGUCCCUGUGCAGCAUGUCUAUCCUAAUCAGGUUCAGUAUGUGGAAGGAGGAGAUGCCAGCUACACAGCAAGUACCAUACGCGCCAACACUUACCCUUACACAGAAACCCCUCUCUAUACUCAAAACACAGGAGCAAAUUACUAUGAAUCCCAAAAUACCCCAACGCAGGUCUCCAGUCCAGCAACCUCACAAACAGUGGCCAGCAGUGGCUCGGUACCUAUGUAUGUUUCUGGAGGACAAAUCAUAGCCAAUCCAAAUGGAAGCAGCAGUACAGCAGGAGGAGGAGCAGCAGCAGCAGCAGGAGGAGGGGGAGGAGCAGCAGCAGGAGGAGCAGCAGCAGCAGCAGGAAAUGGUGCUGGUGGUGGCAGCACUGCUGGAGGAGGUGGAGGAGGAGGAGGAGGAGGAACUAGUGGCGGCAGCAGCAGCGCAGGGACCUAUGUGAUUCAAGGAGGUUACAUGCUAGGAAGUUCAAGCCAGUCCUAUUCACACACCACCCGUGCCUCUCCUGCAACAGUCCAGUGGCUGUUGGAUAACUAUGAGACUGCUGAGGGUGUGAGCCUUCCUCGCAGUACCUUGUACUGCCAUUACCUCCUGCAUUGUCAGGAGCAGAAACUGGAGCCAGUCAAUGCAGCAUCUUUUGGAAAGCUGAUCCGCUCAGUAUUUAUGGGACUCCGAACUCGCCGGCUUGGAACCAGAGGGAAUUCUAAAUACCACUAUUAUGGGUUGCGCAUCAAAGCCAAUUCCCCAUUGCUGCGGCUCAUGGAGGACCAGCAACAUCUGGCCAUGAGGCAACAGCCUUUUUCUCAGAAGCAACGGCUCAAACCUAUUCAGAAAAUGGAGGGUAUGACCAAUGGAGUAGCUGUGGGGCAGCAACAGACCUCAGGGCUAUCUGAUAUCAGUGCCCAAGUGCAACAGUACCAGCAGUUCUUAGAUGCUUCUCACAGCUUGCCUGACUUCACAGAGUUGGACUUACAAGGGAAGAAUCUCCCUGAGGGUGUUGGGGCUGAAGAUGUAAAGGCUUUCCAGCUGCUGUAUCGAGAACAUUGUGAGGCUAUUGUCGAUGUGAUGGUAAACCUGCAGUUCACACUGGUAGAAACACUCUGGAAGACUUUUUGGAGAUAUAAUUUGAACCAGCCCAGUGAAACCACCCCUAUAGUUAUCCAUGAUGAAGCAGAGAAGCGUCUCCCAAAGAACUGCUUGGUGAUGCUGUCUAAGUAUGAGCCUGUUCUCAAAUGGACUAAAGACUGUGACAACUUGCUGUACCAGGGGCUGGUAGAAGUCCUCAUCCCAGAAGUGCUCCGGCCCAUUCCGAGUGCCUUGACACAAGCAAUCCGAAACUUCGCAAAAAGUUUGGAGAGCUGGUUGACAAAUGCUAUGAUGAAUAUUCCGGAAGAGAUGGUCCGAGUGAAGGUGGCUGCAGCAAGUGCCUUUGCCCAGACCCUGCGACGUUACACUUCUCUAAACCAUCUUGCCCAGGCUGCCCGGGCUGUUUUACAAAAUACAGCUCAAAUUAAUCAGAUGCUAAGUGAUCUCAACCGGGUUGAUUUUGCUAAUGUCCAGGAGCAGGCCUCAUGGGUGUGCCGGUGUGAGGAUCGUGUGGUGCAGCGGCUUGAACAAGACUUCAAAAUGACUCUGCAGCAGCAGAACUCUCUGGAACAGUGGGCAGUAUGGCUGGAUGGUGUAGUCAGCCAAGUCCUAAAACCCUACCAUGGCAGCCCCAGCUUCCCCAAAGCUGCCAAACAUUUUCUCCUCAAGUGGUCCUUCUACAGCUCCAUGGUGAUUCGAGACUUGACCCUGCGAAGUGCAGCCAGUUUUGGCUCCUUUCAUCUCAUCCGCCUCCUCUAUGAUGAAUAUAUGUACUACCUGAUAGAACAUCGUGUGGCUCAGGCCAAGGGUGUGACUCCUAUAGCAGUCAUGGGAGAGUUUGCAAAUCUGGCAAGUUCCUUGAAUCCUUUGGACCCUGAUAAAGAUGAAGAAGAGGAAGAAGAGGAGGAGAGCGAUGAGGAGAUGCCACAAGAAUUGUCUCUUAGCUCCAAUGAAUCCAGCAGCCUAACAGCCGAGCCUAUGGAGCCACCCUCGAAACUGGCACGGACAGAUUCACGGGGCAUCUUUGUGCAAGCACUGCCCUCCAGUUAAAGAGAAAUAAAGGAGGGACUGACUACUAAGUGUCCAGCAGGAAGUCAGGGUGCAUCUUGCACUGCGUUGUGCUGCCCUGCGAUAAAGAUGUGCUG